GUAUGAUUUUCAUCAGUUCUUGCCCUGUUUUCUCGUCCAGUCUUGGCCACAAUCCACUUGCAAGUAAACAAAAUCUUAUCUUUUUUUUUGGGGUGCUCCAAUGUGCUCAUUGAUUAAUAAAUACAGAAAGAUUUCAAAUUGCCACUCAGCAGCUGCUCUCAAAGAAGCCAAGUAGCCGAUUGGGGAAAAAGGUUGUAUUUUGGAUCAAUGGGUGCGUCUGGUUUUGGAGUUUUCUGCUUCAAUUUAAAGAUACUCGUGGGGGUUUUCUUCAUUCUGGGCGUCCGUAUGGAAGAUCAGACUAAUCCCGAUGAUGUUGCUGCAAUUUCUAGUUUAUAUGCUGCUUUAAGCUCCCCUCCUUUACCCGGAUGGAAUUCAAGCAGCCCGUGCAGUGGAAGCUGGCAAGGCGUUGCCUGUGACGGUCCAAACAUAGUCUCAAUAAUAAUCAUUGGUGCAAAUUUGGGUGGUGAAUUGGGAGAUGAUUUGGGACGGUUUUCCUCAAUCAAAAUAAUAGAUCUGAGUAACAACCACAUUGCUGGCUCAAUUCCGUCGAAUCUGCCACUUACCUUGGAAAGGCUGUUUCUAUCAGAUAAUAAUUUCUCUGGAAGCAUUCCCGAUUCUUUAUCUUCACUAAAGAACCUAUCAGCUAUGUCGCUAAAUAACAAUCAUUUAAGCGGAGAAAUUCCUGAUUCAUUUGAUGGCCUUGUCAAUUUGUUCAACUUAGAUUUAUACAGCAACAAUUUGAGUGGGAGAUUGCCUCCGUCAUUGGGAAACCUGUCAUUGACCAGUCUUCAUUUGCAGAAUAAUCAGCUUUCGGGAAGGCUUGAUGUUUUACAAGAUCUUCCACUUACAGAUUUAAACAUAGAGAAUAACCUGUUUUCUGGACCUAUACCUCAGAAGCUCUUGGCUAUUCCCAAUUUCAGGAAAGAUGGGAACCCUCUCAAUGGAACUGAUGCUCCUUCACCUCCACCAACACCCUCUCAAGGGAACCCUCCCAAUGGUACAGAUGCACCUUCACCUCCGCCUACACCAUCCAAAGCCCCUUUAGCAUCACCGCCCUCUUUUGUGGCUCCCACGUCUGCUCCGACCCUGCCAACCCCUGCAAGUGGGCCUGCAGAAUGGGCUGAUGGGCCAUCACGAACUGGAGGACGAAUGUCAAAGAAAAACAGAAGUUCAGCAACCUUUAAAAGGAUAGUGUGGAUUUCAAUCCUGUCCAUAAUAGCAUUUGUUGUAUUGGUUUUAGCAGUCCUGCUCUGUUUCUCAAAGCGUCUUAUCGAAAGGCAAGACACCCCUAAAUUAAGUAUGCGGCCUAAAGUCAAAAAAGCUCUUGAAAAGGUUGAGCAUAAAUUAAGCACACUUGAUUCCCCUACAAAGCCACUUCCUAUGCUAGAUGCACAUGCAGAACGAUUCACUGUUAUGCCAAAGGGCGACCUUGAGAUUAACAAGUAUGACAAUGAUGUGAUCCCACCGCCACCACCGCCGCCACCAUUUCUACAAAAGAGGGCUAUUGUUGGCCCACAACAAGCCACCGAUAAGCACUCAAUGAGACAACCUCCACCAUCUUCUGUGAAGUCUUACACAAUUGCAGAUCUUCAGCAACAUACCGAUAGUUUUUCUCAAGAUAACCUUAUUGGGGAGGGAACGUUGGGCAAAGUGUUUAAGGCUAAGCUUCCUAAUGGCAAGUUACUUGCCGUAAAGCAACUAUACAAAACUGUGUGCAAUGAGCAAACAGAUGAGGAGUUUCUUGAGAUGGUUAGUAGCAUUUGUAGACUACAACAUCCCAAUAUUGUCGAACUCGAAGGCUACUGUGCAGAGCAUGGGGAAAGGUUGCUGGUCUAUGAGUAUUGUGCUAUGGGCACACUGCACGAUGCACUCCACACUUUCAAACAAAACCUUUCAUGGAAUAUGCGAAUCAGUAUGGCCCUUGAAGCCGCUAAAGCCUUGCAGUAUCUGCACGAGACUUGUGAACCACCGGUUGUUCAUGGAAACUUCAAGUCUGCAAAUGUUCUCCUUGAUGAUGAUGGUCUUGGUGUUCACAUUUCUGAUUGUGGCUUAGAUCCAUUGAUAUCAUCAGGAGGACUGGGUAGCCAGUUAUCUGAACAACUCCUCACAACAUAUGGUGCACGCGAGUUUGAGUUGGGGAUUUAUACCUCAGAGAGCGAUGUGUUCAUUUUUGGAGUUGUAAUGCUGGAGCUGUUAACUGGCUGUGAGCCAUAUGACAGCACGAGGGCUCACGGAGAGCGAUUGCUGGUGAGAUGGGCAGGGCCCCUGCUUCAUGAUAUCAAUGCCUUGACAAAUAUGGUUGACCCUUCUCUUUGUGGGUCCUACACCCCAAAAUCACUCUCACGCUUUGCUGACAUCAUCUUCCGCUGCAUCCAGGAGGCGCCGGAGUUCAGGCCAACAAUGUCUGAAGUUGUACAGGACAUUGAGAAAAUGAUGGAGGAGAUGAUCGGAUCUAAUGACGGUAAUAUUGAUGAUUCGGCGUCGGAGUUGAGGAGUGAAAAUAUACAAGGCCACUGAAUUGGACUACUCUUGAUGAACAUACAAAACACUUGUUGAAACAAAGGGUGGCUUCUUUCAAUCUACUCUUUUAAACAGAGAUAUGGUAAAUGAGCUACCCAGUGCAAUGUUUACACCAUCUCUUAAGUUGAAAUACUCCCUAUAUGCAAAUAUGCAAUAGCCCUAGUGCAUAUGAACCUUUUGGCUUGGUUUGGUUAUUUGCGUAUUGGCGCCAGGAGGCGUAGCUCAAGUGUUCAAUAGUAGUUUAAAAGGACGUUGUGACCGGGUUUGACUCCGGGAUGUUUUAUAUGCUUGUAUAAAAGUUUUUGCUAGGACUAGACACAGAUCUCAUUCUCAUUGCUUAGUUCAGAUUAGGGUGAAAGUAGGAAAAAGACAAUUGAAUUGUUAUCUAUGAAUUAUGAAACAAACUACGGAGUAAUAU